CAAAUGAAUGUAAACUCAACUCUAAGAGUUAAUAUUAAGACCACAUGAAAAGUUAAUUUACUUUUGUGUUUAUUGUAAAUUUAAUUUAAUUUAAUUUAAUAAUUAGUUUACCUAUUGUGUUGAUCUAUUCCUUUAUUUUCCCUUGAAAUUAAUUAAACGAAAGGUAAUUUGUUAAAACCUUAAAAAAUUAACAAUGGUUCGUAUGAAUGUUUUAGCUGAUGCUCUCAAGUCCAUCAACAAUGCAGAGAAACGAGGUAAACGCCAAGUGUUAAUACGUCCAUCAUCUAAGGUAAUAAUUAAAUUCCUUAAGGUAAUGAUGAAACAUGGUUACAUUGGUGAAUUUGAAAUUGUAGAUGACCAUCGAGCCGGUAAAAUUGUAGUAAACCUUACUGGAAGGUUAAAUAAAUGUGGUGUUAUAGCUCCAAGAUUUGAUGUUGAAUUAAGGAACAUUGAAACUUACAUGAGGAAUCUAUUGCCAUCUCGUCAAUUUGGUUAUUUUGUUUUAACAACAUCAGGAGGAAUCAUGGACCAUGAGGAAGCCCGUCGCAAGCAUCUUGGAGGAAAAAUAUUAGGAUUCUUCUUCUAAACAAAACAACAACAAUAAAUAUUAACUCAUUGAAACAAAAUAACCAACUUUCUAUAUACAAACACCAACACAAAAAAACAUCCAUGUGGAAACAAUAAAUCUGUUACAUAGGGUUGAUAA